AUGCCUGUUCGAACACUUUCAUAUAUUGCUACUGUAUCUGCUGCCAGUGCCUAUUACUACUUUCAGCAUUCAGAUCAAGACAGAAAACACUCAAUCAUUGGCCCUACAUCUACUCAGUUACAGGAUGAGCAUAAUCGCGUUGCUGUUCAAGCCAGAUCCACUCCAGAAAUCUUAUUGGGCUUGUUCGUUUAUAAGUUAUGCACUUUUCCUUGGAUCGCCGAUACUGCUCCUUAUGUUCUUCGAUUGGCUGAAGCAUGUCAUUUACAAGCACCUGUCUAUUGGUUUAUCAAACAUACGUUCUUUAAUCAGUUUUGUGGUGGAGAAACAGCUGAAGAAUGUGUGGCUACUAUGAACCGGCUAUCACAAUCCAACAUUAACUGUAUUCUUGACCUCAGCAUUGAAUCCGACCUGCCUCCUCCUUCUAAAGACAAUGCUGGCAAAUAUGCUCAACAAGAACACAAUGCAGAUCUCACUUUAGACAUGAUAAAGACAUGCCUCAAGACUGCUUCUCAAUCUUCAUUGAAUGAUGCUUUUGCUGCAAUUAAAUUGACUGCAUUAGCUCCACCUGAAUUACUCUUACGCUUAAAUCAGGUCAUGUAUUUUCUAGAUAAGGCGUUUGAAAAGUAUCAAGUGGACGGUCGUAUUGGUCGUAAUGGUGUUGAGUAUGUUACUUCUCAUAUUUGCCCUGCUCCUCAUACAAAACAACAAGAACAAGAACGUAACCAAAUCUUGUCUCGAUUCACCGAUCAAAAAUACACGUUGGACUAUGUUGAAUAUACUAAACUAUUUAAUCUGAACGGAAUGGGAUAUAAAGUUUGGUGGGAAACAGAUAGUGACAAGACAGAAAAAGAUGUGUAUCUUACGCUAGAGGAUCUACAUGCUUAUGGCCGCAUGCUUCAUCGAUUGGAUCAAGUAUGUCAACUUGCUCAAGAUAAAGGUGUGGGGAUUAUGGUGGAUGCCGAACAAUCUUAUUUUCAAGAAGCCAUUGAUCAUGUAGCGAUGAACCUUCAAGAGAAAUAUAACCGUCGAGACGAUAUGGAUCAUUCUCCCACUGUUUAUAAUACUUAUCAAAUGUAUACAAAAGCAGCUCAAAAGAAACUAGAGCGUGAUUUUGAAAGGGCUGAGCGAGGCAAUUUUGCUUUUGCUGUUAAACUUGUGCGUGGUGCUUAUAUGAUCUCAGAACGCAAACGUGCAGAGCAAUUGAACUAUGAAUCUCCUAUUCACAAUACGAUUGAAGACACACAUCAUUCUUAUAACAAUGGUAUCCGAUUCUUACUCGGUAGAUUGCAACACUAUCAAGAGACAGCGGGUCAACCUUUGACUGCCUCCACUGCUCCUGUCGUUUUCAUGGUUGCUAGUCAUAAUAGAGAAUCCACCAUUUUGACCGUAGAGGAAAUGGAACAGCACCACGUUUCACCUGGAUCUGGUGUUGUCCACUUUGGUCAAUUGUUUGGUAUGCAAGAUCAAAUCACUUACACGCUAGGCAAAAAUGGCUACUCGGUGUACAAAUACUUGCCUUAUGGUAGGAUAGAUCAGGUCAUUCCUUAUCUACUACGUCGCGCUCAAGAAAAUUCAUCUGUACUAGGUGGCGUCAAUAAAGAACUUGCUCUGAUGUGGCAAGAACUCAAAUAUCGAUUGGCUGGCCUUAUCACAACAACUCAAAGUCUAGAUGGUAAUUCGAAUGGUGACAAUACCAUUUCUACCGAGACUGCUUAA